AGUCCUGUUCGCUGGCGGGCGGAGGGCUCCAGUCAGUUGUCUUCGUGCGGUGGACGUGGCUUCGUCAACGGUUCCCGUGCGUUGCGGUAUCGGGAAGGAAUCGUGACGCUGCUCUGAAGUCGUUUGUUGUCUCAUUUAUCGAUUUAUCUACGUGUUCAUCAUUGUCGAUUCGAGAUUGUGGUGACAUCUUUUACUCGGAACUUGAAACUAAGAACCUAACCUCCAAAAUUAAAUUAAAAAAAUCCUGGAUUUGUUCAUAGGUUAGGCAACAUUUAUCGAUUCGAAGUGUGUGGUGUGUGACUAGUUCUAUUAAAAUUAAUAGUUGUUGUGUUAGUGCGUUCACAGCUACGUAUUUUAAGUGUUUUAGGUACUCAUUGUUAACGUGAGAAUAUAAUUUGUGGACGUAUCUGACUGGUAUGUUAAUUAAUAGAGUACAACAAUCGGUAGCACUGAAAUUGCUUCAGAAUUCCCAGUUGUCGACCACAGGUGUGGACUUGUGUCUCUUGCCAUUCAUUCAGAAAUGUCUGUGUAACAACAAUCAGUCAGCAACAUGCUUCUCUGUAUCAUCUCCUUUGUUCAGGGUGCGAAAUAACAAAACCUGAUAAUUGCUUGACUACAAGGCAGCGUUGUUUUGUGUCUAUUAUCAAGGACAUGUUUAUUGCUGUGCAGUACGGAGAAGCCUUCGCCCACGGAUCGUUACAUUCGUUGUUGGUGUCUGGGGUUUGCGUGAAUUUCUGCAGAUCGCAUUUGAGCUAAUUCGCGUUUCGCCAUAAGUGACCGACGUAGAAUGCCGGUCAUUUGACUCUUAGUCGUGUUUUAGUACGAAAGAAGAAAGUUUGUUACAUUUCUUUGAAAUUUAUGGCCGGUGUGAAAUUGGUUUAUGUUUUCGCCGUUUUAUUGUAUUGUCUCUCCUUCCACUGAGACGCUUAUUAAUGGUUCUGAGGCUUCGUAGCUUUAUUUUCAGUGGUUAAGCAUUGAAUGCGACAGUGUCUUAAGUACAGAUUUGGUACGUUGUCAUUCUUCCCCCAAUGAAGAAUGUCAUUUUAUAAAAUAAAGUGUUUGAAUUGAAGUGUUUCGGAAGUAAGGAAGUUGUUACACCCAAGGGCAGAACAUUUUUGUAUCCGUGUGAUUCGAAGCGCGAAACAUGGAUCUUCGUAAGGUGUUUUCGGCGAGGAGAAGGAACUUCUAGCCAACACAAACAAAUGUUGGGGCGAGCAGUAAUUUGGGUUAAGACUGUCAUGCAAAAAAUAAAGCAACUCACGAGCGUCUGAGGUGCGGAGAGAGAGAGAGAGAGAGAGAGAGAGAGACAGGUGUUUUGUGUCGAGUCGGCCAGAGAAAUUUGAAUGUGCGUUUGUGACGACACUUCCCAGCAGCGUAUCAGAGACACCUCGUGAAUGUGUAAUGAACUUCAUGUAACUUUCGUGCAAGUUGCCUUCAGUUGUUAUCUUACCCUCGUCGUCCCGCUCGUGUGACGCCGUGCACCUGAUGGUGAAUGUGGCGUCCAUACGGCUCUGACCUCGGGACGCCGUGCUUUUACUCAGCCACUCUCUACGACUUUCUUCAGCAUUUGACCAGAUACGCGUAGGACCUGAUUCAACGGCGCACUAAUCCGACUUCGUAACGAGAUGGCGGUCUCAGUUCGAAACGUGUGUUCGGCAGUGACAUUACUGGCGGUGCUGUGCGCGUGCGUCGAAGCCGCGUACUUCUACAGCAGGGACGGCCAUCAGCAGGGCAGAUCUGCUGGGGCGUCGUCGCACCACAAACACCACGGCGUCGGCAGCAGGAGGCUGCAGCAGGCUGGUGUUGGCGUCGUCAGCAGAGGAAGAUUUGUGACCCACAGCGCCACGACAGUCACCACAACCCCGAGCGGCAGAUUAUCGCCGCUCGAUCGUUUGAUCAAUAGACUUGACUCGGAGGAGAGGAAAUCGGUGACGCGAUUUGAUCAAGGAAAUGGCCGUCACGAAUCGCCGCACUCCGGGAGGUACCCGAGUCGGGAUGCUUUGUCAUCGGCGCUGAGAUCACCGGCUGAUCACAGUUACGCGCAGCUGAGAAGUAACAUUGAUGAUUCGUACGAAGAUGACGAUGACGAUGAUGAAGACGAGGAGGACGACGACGUGAUAGAUGGCGAGGAAGAAGAAGAAGAAGAAGAAAGGGCGAGCAGAGGUCGCCAUGGAAACCACAGAACUGGGGACGUGCCGUGGUAUGAUGGCGCCGUGGCCGAUUUUCCCGACCAUCCUCCUGCUAGCAGCGCAGGAAGCAGUGGCUCUCGCUGGGGAGGCUUCACUUCGUACAGCGACUGGAAGUGGCACGCGCUGAACAAACCCAACAUGGACAUGUUGCGCAAUCACCAGCACAAGGCGACGUACAAACCCACUUCUCCGGAAGGGAACCUGGAGAAGGCGGUCCAGCACGCCGUGAUGGUGGGAAGGGAGGCGCAGUGCCGCGUGCCGAAGCCUCGGCUGGUCCAGGUAAAGGACAUGUACCCGCACCCGAGCAAGACGUACAUCCCCCACUGCACGAUUCUGCACCAGUGUGGCGAUGAUACAGGCUGCUGCAAGUCCGACACCCUCACCUGCACCGCGCGCAAGACGGAGUCCGUGGAGCUCUACUUCUACACGACAACGCUGAGGGCAUCCGGUGGCUCGCGGAACAAGGGUGGUCCGUCUGUGGAGAAACUCGUGUUCCACAACCACACGGAGUGCGUGUGUGUGGACAGACUGGAAGAAUUCAUGCCGAGGGACAGGCCCAUCGCCAGCAGCGAGAAGGACAAGGAAUUGCGAGGUCACCAUCACCCCGACGCGGACUCGAGCAGGACUGACAGUGACAACGAGAGCGGCACCAGCGAGUCCUGCCGAUGCACCAGCCAGUUCGCGGCGCGUCGUGUCGACGGCUCCUGCGUCUGCGAGUGUUUCGACAAGCAGCGGGACUGCAUCAGGUCGAAGCGCGGCAAGGAGUAUCUUCCGUACGACGAUCGCAUAUGCGUGCUUCGGGCGGAGUGCGUGGUCCCCAGCUGCGAGUUCGGCACGUACCUCAGGAGGGCGGGCCGGUGUCCGAGGAAGCGCGAGAAGUUCGAGGCCUGGCAACAAGUUCCCUUGCACGACGAGGAGUACAAGUAGGCGCCAGGUGACAGGACGGCGAGGCGUCGUCGUCGUACGACAGCAGUUCCGUCGCCAGGAUCGUCGAAGUUCGUGGAAGAGACCAGAACACCGACACGACGUCGUGAGUGACUUACAGAAUGUGUUCACCAAGUGCCAUGUAGGAACUUUGAAAUGUUUCACGGAUGAGAUCAGGCCCUUUUAAAUUGGCUUUUUGUAGGGCAUUGCAUUAGCCUUCCCUUUUCUCCGAUUGGCUGUCGUGUUCUCAGUUAAAGAAAUCUUUUGUAGUUGUAGUUUCAUGUUAAUGUGUUCAUAAAACUUCCCAUCGAAGCUGUGAAAAAUGUUACACUUUCUUGUACCCUUUUGAGUUCCAUACAUGGAAAAAAUGUUGUUGUUUUUUUGUGUCGAGAUAUUUGGGCACAGACGUCAAGAUUAUUUCACUUUUUAAGAGUUUUUGUUUGCAUUAUAGAAUUAUAAGUACAUUUGUGUAUGUUCGUAGCUGCACGAGAGAGUUGUUUGGUGUUCCGAACACCGAGCUACUGAUUUGAAAUGUGGUUAGUAUUUUGAGUGAUCAGGAAUUGGAAACUCGAGCGCGCUCUGUGGACGGAAAAGAUAAUUCUCACACGAGGGAGUGAUUUGGUGCCUGCUAAGUUUGGUUUCGAGAGGCAGUGCGAGUACUAGUCUUUAUGAUAUUUGUUGUGGUGUGGCCAUUUGAUGCCCUGGCGUAGGUGGAAAAUCGAAAAUGUGGCCCCUUGCAUUGGCCCGGUGUUUGCCGCCAGAACACAAGGAAAUGUUUUAAAUGUCGGAGCGACAGAGAAUGUUUCGGCAGUUGCGUCUUUAAUUCAUUCGUGGCUCUGCGUUUGUCAGACACGGGAAUGGCCGCGAGAGUUUUGGGCAGGGGGUAAUGGCAGAGAGCUGCAUUUCCGACGUUCAUAAUCGUUGCAAGUGCAAACUGUAUUGCAACAAAAUGGCCACAGACUGAGAGAAUAGUGCAUUUGUUAACAAUUAAAUACUAGAGUUACAAGUCAUAAUGUACGUAUUAAUAUUCUGUGAUGUGUCUCAAAUACCUUGAUAAUCGUAAAUAAAUAAAUAAAUAACAAAUUAAUGUAAUUAAG